AUGGCGGACGACAAAGCGCCCAACACUGAGAAGCCGGUCGCCGCGGGAGGGAACCCGACAAGACAGGCUGCACAGCGCAGGUUGCUGGCAGCUCUCAUAACAGCUGAUAAACUUAACGGGCGUCUAGACAAACUUGUGUCUACAGCUUCUGGCCAGGAACGAGCCUUCGCCUUCGUCCAAUACAUCUCCCACGCACUACAUCACACUCUCGCAUCCGCACCCUGGAUCGCGCUUCAGACCCGGCUUGGCCUGCUCGCGCGCCUCCGAUCGGGUUCCUCGGCCGAGAAAUCGUCAUCAACACCAGCACAGACAUCCCCACUUCUCGCCCUCGCUGGACUCAUGUCCCAAGCCCGGUAUACGCUCCGACUACUCGGUCUACCACCUCUCAUAUCUUGGGCCUCGGAAACGCUCAGAUCUCCUCCGUCCGAUACCAUAAUGUACGUCCUGACUCUGCUUCAGAUCGUUUCGAACCUCAUCUACCAGUCGCUCGAAAACGUCUCAUUCCUUGCAACCCAAGGCGUGAUCUCGAAGCGCGUGAUCGACCGAUGGGGUGGUGCUGGAAAAUUGGGGCUCUGGAGCACCAGGGGCUGGCUUGGGCACAUCCUUCUCCAGUACUUUGUGCUGUGGAGGGCUAGAGAACUGCGCAACAACGCUCAGGCCGAGGGUGCAUCGAAGGAGAAGCAGGCGGAGCUAAAUGCUGAAGUCCGAGCUUGGAAGAAGAGCCUUGUGAACAAUGCUUGCUGGACUCCGUUGUGUCUGCACUGGAGCUUUGAGGACGGGAUUGGAUUUCCCGCGCAUCUGGUAGGAUAUGUGAGUUUCGCGGCAGGGGCUUGGGGAUUCUCAGACUUGUGGGCUUCUACGCUAUGA